CAGCAGCCGGCGCAGCAGCAGGCGCAGUCGCCGCCUGCGGGGGAGGGGCAGGGCGCGGCGCCGCUGAGCAGCAGCAACAGCAACAACGAGCGGUACUUCUGCCGGCCGCUGUGCUACCUGGAGGGCGACUGGUACUCCUUCCCCGCCGCGCCCGCGCCCCCGCAGCAGCAGCAGCAGCAGCAGCAGCAGCAGCAGCAGCAGCAGCAGCAGCCGGCGCGGCGCAGCAAGGUGUGCGGGUACGUGAUGGAGCACGUGCCCGACGCGUGCCAGCUGACGGUGCUGGCGUGGCACUUCCACCGCAGCAUCGACCCGCUGGGGACGCUGCGGAAGCAGCAGAAGUCGCUGGCGGCGCGGCGGCUGCUGCACCUGUGCCGCGAAGUGACGCAGGCCUUCGGCUUCGUGGCCGCAGAAGCCAACCUCUUCGCCUUCGACUUCAACCCCAAGAACAUCCUCGUCUCCGUCCGCACCAGCAGCACCCGCACCCGCACCCGCACCCACACCCACACCCGCAGCAGCAGCAGCAGCAGCAGCAGCAGCAGCAGCAGCAGGAGCGCCGUCGAGCUGGCCCAGCUGGCCUUCCUCAACCCGCGGGCCGCGGUGCGCGUCGUCGCCAUCGACCUCGACUGCUCCCUCGCGCCGCCCUUCUCGCUCGCCGCCGCCGACCCGCUGCUCCUCGACUGGGGCUGCGGCCGCAGAGUCGUCUACUCGUGCCCGCACGUGCCUUCGCUGCUGGCGGCGUACAUUCUGGCGGUGCUGGCGAAGAGCCGCCAGCUGUCGCAGUUCGUCGCUGCGGGGCUGCGCGAGGGCGCGGCGCACGCGGCGCUGCUGCGGCGCCUCCGCGACCCCGCCAACUUCCUGCACUACUGCCAGCAGGUGGGGGGCGGGGGGGGCGCGCUGCAGCAGCAGCAGCAGCA